UCAAUUGGGCGGAGGUGGAAGGAAAGCUGAAGGCUGCCUGAGACAGGAAUGAGUGACGUGCUGUGGCAAGUUUGGACACUACUUCCGUAACUGUCGCUUCCAACCAUCAGCAAAACAACAAACAGUGCUUUAGUUGUGGGAAAACGGAAACUGGCAGAGCGAAUGUUUUCAACAAAAGGAAUCCAGGGGUGCUAAGUAGGCUGAUUGACUGGAGCGAGAGGAGAGUGACGGUGAAGCACCAAUGGCGAGCACUGAGGAGGGAGAUGCACUGCAGCAACAUCCCGUGCUCCAACAAGUGCCUUCUCCUCUAUGGGCAGCACAUAAGUAUGAUGUUGGGUUAAUAGCAGAUUGUGAACCAGUGGUCAUCACACCAAAAUCUGACUAUCGCCUAUGUAAACCACAGUAUCCACUAAAUCGCCUUAUCACACAUGCCUGUCUGAAUCAUCUCCUGUUUCGCCUGCUCCAUCACUUUCCUCCUUGCCCGACAUGCAAACCUUUGCAACCCCCACAGGAACGCGCGGUUUGGGCACAAGCAGGUGCCACAAAGGAAGAUGAUAUUUGGCUAGGGCCGGAUGGCAAACCAUGUCUCCCUAAACAUUUCUUUCCACAUUUUGCACGUUUGACGCAUGGGUUAGACCAUAAGUAAGAAGGUCAUAAAACCACCAGCAGCACAUCCGCCACCAGAACGAGAGUUUGAACAUCUAAUGAUGGAUUUCAUAGAGCUAACGACAGCAGAAGCAGGUGAAGGUAUCCCUUCCUAAGCAGACGGAGGGACACCUCCACAGCCUACAACCAGGAGACUGGGUGAUCGUGAAGGAACAUCGCAGGAAACACUGGAACUCCAGGAGGAGGCGAGGCCCAUUCCAGGUGCUGCUGACCACCCACAUGGCCGUAAAUGUGGCAGAACGAGCAACUUGAAUUCACGCUAGCCACUGCAGGAAGGUUCCCAAGCCAAUAGACAACGUUGACAGUCAGCUAAGACACAGAGAGUCAACCACACACUUUCGUCUGCAGCAGGACAUUGAGGCUUCAACUGCAAAUCUUUUAUAACCAGCUACUGUAGCAAGUACAGUAAUCAAGCAAAACAAUGGGAUCCUUAUUUUGCUAUACCUUGAUGUUGUCAGUAAUUCUGUCCUCGUCUCUUGAAACACUCGACUCUGCUCAAGACCUGCAGGACAGUGGCUAUGGUCGACCAUCGCCUCGCCACGGCCUGAAGCUGCUUGUGUGGUAUGUUCAGAAUUGCGUGGACAAUAACAUGGUGGCUCUGUGCAAUCCUUUGGAGGGAGAGUAUGGAUUCCAUCCAUUUUUGAACCGAGGUCCGAGGCAUCUGCUCCCUAUAAUAAGGGACAAAAAGCAAUACAAGUACUUUACUAUUGGGAAUCUCCAUUCUCCUCAUGCCAAGGACCUGCCAUACGAAGUCAGGAAGUACUACAACCACAGUGACCCCAGAAGUAACCAGGAUAGAGUCUUGGUGAGAUUCAACACCAAUAAUAAGCACAUCGAGGAGAUCUAUGCAUCGGCACAUUAUAAAGCAGAGGAGACCUAUAUAAUCGGCCCUGAUCUUUUGGCCUUUCUUCGACAUCCACAAGUGCACAUGGAAAUAAUAAUUUGAUCUGCCUGUAGUGUUAUAGUUACCACUUUAUGACAUGUAGCUUCCUCAUAGUGGCUUCUCAGUAUAUCCUGAACGUAGUUCUUAAACAAUCUUGGCAAAGAUAUUAAAAAGGAGAUGGUAAGCAUAAGAUGCAUUUACUCAAAUUAAGUACAGUAGAGAGACCUUUGUAUUUAUUUGACGCCACUAGAAUGAAGAGGAAAACAUAAAGUAUGACAAUGACAAGAUGUUGAAAACAAUAAGUUGGUUUGGAAAGUACUUUAGCAGAAUAGCGCUGCAUUUUAAGCUUCAUAUAUAUGCCUUUUUUGCAUUUGAGUACAAAUUAAUAUAUCUUUGUACAUUAAUUACAACCUAGCAAAUGCACUAAACAUGAGUGAAUUUAUUUUAAAUGGUAUCGGGUAUUUAUUUUAAGCUAAGUCCUGACUCUGAGAAAGCUCUAUAGCCGUGUACAGUAUGUCUACUUGUAAAACAUUAUGAAAAAUAAAAUAUGUGUUGUGCUUCAA